AAAUUUGAAUUCCGCUCAGUAGUCAGUAUCAGACAAAACCCACAUAACUUUGGAAAUAAAUCCCAUUUUCCCUUUUCUCCCCAUAAAUCUCUUUCGAGAACAAUUUGGAGAAAUAAGAAUAACUCAAAGAAUGAAUAUUUUGUUUCUGCUGCUGCUAUCAAUUUGGGUUUUGAGUUUUCCUGCACUUUCUGUUCCAGUUGAGGUGAAGCCCGACCCUCCUGCUUCUGACCCGGUUAUUCCCACUGAAAAAGAUCCCUUUUUUAACAACUCUUCUGAUCUGGGAGCACAUUCUCCAGUUGCAGAAGUGAAUCUAGUUCACCACCAGGAUUUAAACAAGAAAAUCCUUGUCGCCCUCGUUGUCUCUUCAUCCCUUCUUGCUGUGAUAUUGCUGCUGUUAUCUUGUUUCUGGAUCUUCAGGCUCAGGAAGAAAUCCAAUGAAAAAAGCCACCAAAAAUCAGAUGGUGCAAAAGGCAUCUCAUUUGGUCCGAUUCUGGACAAGUUCCCUUCCAUGAGAAUUGGGGGCAAGAAGGGCUCCAUUGCUGCAAUCGAGUACGAGUUAUUAGUGAAUGCUACUAACAACUUCGAUGAAGCCAAUAUUCUAGGCGAAGGUGGGUUAGGCCGUGUGUACAAAGCUCAAUUCAAUGGCCAAUUCCAUGCAGCUGUCAAGAAAAUAUAUGCUGGUGGGCUCGAAGCUGAAAGAGAAUUCGAGAAUGAGGUUGAGUCACUGCGUCAAAUUCAGCAUCAGAAUAUAGUCUCGCUUUUAGGAUAUUGUAUACAUGCUGAAGCGCGUUUUUUAGUUUAUGAAAUGAUGGAGAAUGGAUCUUUGGAACUCCACUUGCAUGGACCUAAUAAAUCAAGAUUGACAUGGCAUCUGAGAAUGAAAAUUGCCCUGGAUGUUGCUAGAGGAUUAGAGUACCUCCAUGAGCGAUGCAACCCUCCCCUGAUCCAUAGAGACCUCAAAUCCUCGAAUAUUCUUCUGGAUUCCAACUUUCAUGCCAAGCUUUCUGAUUUUGGCCUUGCUGUUACGGAAGGGCACUCGAACAAGGCCAACAUCAAGCUUUCCGGAACUUUGGGUUAUGUAGCUCCUGAAUACCUGCUGGAUGGCAAGCUAACUGACAAGAGUGAUGUAUAUGCAUUUGGAGUGGUUCUUUUGGAGCUUUUGAUGGGAAGAAGGCCGGUCGAGAGGGUAGCUGAAGCUCAAUGCCAAUCUAUAGUCACCUGGGCAAUGCCUCAGCUUACUGACAGAAUGAAGCUCCCAAAUAUCGUCGAUCCGGCCAUAGUAAACACUAUGGAUUUGAAGCAUUUAUAUCAAGUGGCUGCCAUAGCUGUUCUAUGUGUGCAACCUGAGCCGAGUUAUAGACCACUGAUAACGGAUGUCCUGCAUUCCUUCAUACCGCUAGUGCCUGUAGAUCUCGGUGGAUCACUGAGACUGAUGGAUCCUGCUGUUUCGACCUGUCUAUAGCUAUACUUUUUUGAUCGGCUAAACUAAGUCAUAAAAGCUUGCUACUCGAUACACACGAUUGAGGAUUAGUAUCAGCAGGAAGGAGGUUUUGGUUCGGUUUGUACAGCGUGUAAAGUGGACAAAGACAAGAAUGUAUUGCUCUAUCGCGUCUCAAACGAGCAGAUCCGCAAACCUGAGCCGCGUAGUUGGGACCUCUCUAUUAUCAGUAACUGCACAUUUGCUGUGUGUCAUUUUGAAAAUGGAGUUACAAAGGUUGUAUAUUGCCAACAUCAGGGCAUUAAUAAUGUCAAAAAGCAUAUUCUCCUAAUAAUGUUCAUUACUUAUUUACUGGUGA